GCGGUGCGCUGGCAUAUAUUACAGGGAAGUGGGAGUUGGAUCAGAUUUCAGUGCGAUUUGCUCUGUCUUUUGUGGGUUGAGUGGUUAUUUCUGCUCUGGCGAAUUAUGCAUGUUUAUGUAUAUAUAUAGAGAGAGAGAGAUUUCAUCCAUUUAUGUGCUAUGCCUUCAACGUAGUAUCUACCCCCGUAUCUACCAUAUAUCGGCACAAGUAGGUCAGACAUCACUUAAAAACGUGUAGAUGGGACUAGAAGCUGCAAGGUGAUAAUAGAGAUCGUCUGUACUCUUAACAUAUAUAUCUCGCUGCGUGUUAUUCGACGGUCUAUAUAUCUCCGAAUUUCUGUUUUCCCAGUUUGGGUAUUCAGGUCACGAUGGGGUCACAAUCUAGUCUUCCUGAGGUCGACCUGUCUGAUAAAACGAUCGUCGUAACAGGAGCUAAUACAGGAAUCGGAUAUGAAACAGCAAAGUCGCUUGCACAGGUGGGUGCUAAGGUCAUUCUAGCAUGCCGAUCUGAACCUAAGGCACAGGAGGCUAUCGAACGAAUGAAAAAAGAACAUACUGAGGAGAAAGCAGAUCCUAACAAGCAGAAAAUAAAAAUAAAGGUCGAUGAUCUCAGCGUAGAGUUCAUGGCUCUUGACCUUGGGUCACUGCAAAACACAAUGGCAUUCAUAGAAGCCUACAAGAAUACAGGGCGCCCUCUCCAUGUUCUUAUUUGCAACGCAGGUAUUAUGUGGGGACCAGAAGAGCUGACGUCAGACGGGUACGAGCCUCAUUUUCAGAUCAACUACCUGUCUCACUUUCUUCUCAUCUUACACCUGUUACCCAUCUUGAAGAGCUCUGGCCCAUGUGCUCGAGUCGUCUCGGUGUCGUCUCUGAUGUAUCGCUUUGCUAGCUGGAACGCCGCCGAUCUCCAAUGUCUGAAGAAUAGUGACAGGGGCAAACGAUACGCUAACUCCAAGUUAUACCAGGUGAUGCACAUGUUCUCAUUGGCUCAAAGGUUAGAAGGCUCAGGGGUCGAUGUAUUUUCGCUGCAUCCCGGUGUCGUCAAAACAGAACUCACAACCCGUGAGGGACAGAGUGUUCCGGGGCUAACGAAAUUUUUCGUUCGCAACGGAGGAAAAAUGAUACGGACGCCGUUCGAAGGUGCUCUGACGUCACUCCACGCAGCCGCGGACCCGGCGUAUGACAACAAGACCGCGCUUUAUUUCGAGAGCUCAAAACCACACAGUGUCAACUCGACAGCAAGAAACAAGGACAAACAAGAGAUUCUCUGGAAGUAUUCCCUAGAAUGCCUCAGCGACCAUAUCACAGACGAAGCAAUGAAAGUAUUCACAUCAACGUGAUGCGCUUUCAUUCUAUUUUGUCUAAUAAAGAAAUAAAUUUCGAAAGACAGUUUAAUACCCACCAAAAAGGGACUAUUGCCUCGUCUUGCACAGAGUUGUGAUUGAUUCUAUUAACCAUGAUGUAUAUUCAUACAUUCAACGUUUUUCUCGAAAAUUCACGGUGCUUUUCUUUGAUUACAAAGGACAUUCAUUGGUUACAAAGGCAUUGUGCAAAUUUCCUGUAUAAAAAAAAUGAUGGAUUUCCAUAAUUAUAGUUAAGGUUGUUUCGGAUUAAUCUUAAUUCUUUGUACAACGGGAUGCAACUGUUUCGAAACCAACAAUAAGUCCACAAAAUGAAUGAUACUUUUUUAUAAAGUUAUAAUCAGCACAUCGUGAGCUUUAAGAUGAUAUGCUUUGUUUAAAUUGAAGACAAACUUUAAGAAGAAUAAGAACUACUCUUUGCGUCGGGCCAAUUUUUAUUUUAAUUUUUUUUAACACCAAAUAAUAAUUUUGGCUGUUUAUGGAGAGCUUUCCGUUGCGACUUACUGUGGGUGUUGGUAAAUUGCCAAUCCAUGUAUUGUCAACUCAAUUCAUCUCAUGGUCUACCUUCAUUUAGUCUAAUGCCAUUCCGUCCACCAACAUUUCUUCUAACAACCAUUCGGUCCAAUCAUCACUUCGUCUAAUAACCAGUUGGUCUAAUACCCAUGUUCUUUUCAUGCAUUUCGCCCAAUUAUCAUCCAAUAAAAACCAAGUGAUGUAUGGACUAAAUAGCUAUUGGACCAACUGGUUAUUAGACGAAAUGGCAAUUGGACCAUGUGGAUAGUGGACGAACUGAUGAUAGACCAAAUGAUGAUAGAAGACGAGUUUGUUAUUAGACGGAUUGGCGUUAGGAUUGGAAAUAAACCUGGGUUUUGUGUGGCGGGUCACAAAUGUUGUUUCGCGAUAAGUGUUGGCCUUGAAAGAGAAAUGUCAGAGAUGUCACAAAGAUGACAACCAGAUCCCGCCUUAUAGCACGAGUUGCAUUGAGUAAUGCAUUAUCAACAAUAUCAAAAUGAAUAUGACUUAUAUUUGAUAUUUGUAAAGAGGCACCUGCCUACAAGAUUUCAAUCUUUUAGGUUGCCUCUUACCAUAAUUAUGUUGAUUUAUAACAUGAAUGUAGAAAUUGUAAUUAUUUGGUGUAUUUACAUUAUCAUGUAUGCAUUCUUAUUUUGCAUUGUAUCUAAAUAUUUUUAUAUGGAGAAUAAAUAAAAUUUAAUUGAAAUGUAUGUAAAUCAAAUGUAAUCGUAAUAUAUACAUAUUCCAAUGCUGCUGAGUGUGAUGUAUUAUCCGCUGGUACUCGCCGGAAGGUGUAAUAAACUAUGUUGCGGU